AUGGCGUUGACAGAGAAUUGCAGUGCUUUCCUUAUGGUGAAUUCUCCACCCAAGCUUCAAGAUCCAGGAAGCUUCUCCAUACCGUGCAAAAUUGGUUCUGAACUCAUACCGAGAGCUUUUUGCGACUUGGGGGUCAGCGUCAACCUACUUUCGUACCUUUUAUGCAAGAAGCUGGGCCUCCAGAACAUUAAAUUGACUACUAUGACACUGCAAUUAGCUGACCAUUCAUGCAGAUACCCAAUAGGAAUAGUGGAAGAUGUGCCAGUUGAAGUGGGUGGAUGUAUAGUUCUCACAUAUUUCAUUAUCUUGGAUAUGGAGGAAGACCCUAAGAUACCGAUUAUCCUUAGAAGACCAUUCCUUGCCACAGCUGGAGCCAUUAUCGAUGUAAAAAGUCAUAGGUUGUCCUUGGAGAUUGGCAAAGAAAAGAUCAAGUUUGAUUUAUCAUAUUCCUCCAUCUGCAACCCUUCUUCUUAG